UAUUGGAUGCCUAAUAUAUUUUUGGUUAGUUAAACCUAUACAGUAAACAUCUAAAUGUUUGAUUUCAGAUUAUAGGCUGUUGUCGCGAUGACUGGUGGCUGCAGACUGCGUGUUUUCAUCUGGGCUGUGUUACUGCUGCUGCCCUCAGUCAUGGCGUACAGACCAGUGAUUCUGGUUCACGGGCUGUUUGGUGGACCUGAACAGAUGGCGACGUUAAAGAAAUAUAUUAAACGGUCUCAUCCAGGUACCAGUGUGACUGCAAUAUCUCUGUAUGACGACAAUGCCAGUUCGAAGCCAAUGUGGGAACAGGUGGAUGGGUUUCGAGAGGCCAUCAGACCCAUUAUGGAGAGUGCUGAAGAUGGUGUCCAUCUCAUCUGCUACUCACAAGGUGGUUUGAUCUGUCGAGGAGUUCUUGCUACCCUUCCUCAUCACAAUGUUCACUCUGUGAUAUUCCUGUCUUCACCACUAGCUGGCCAGUAUGGAGAUUCAAAUUACAUCAGCAAGUUUUUCCCUUCAUUGAUCAAGUCAACACUGUACAAUGCUUGUUAUACUACAAAAGGACAAAAAAUAUCGACCUGUAGCUACUGGAAGGAUCCACAUCAAAUAGAAAAGUACUUGAAGUACAGCGUCUUUCUGGCCCCGCUGAAUGGAGAAGUAGAAACUGUCCACACAAAAGCGUGGCGCAAAAAUUUUCUGCGCAUAAAGAAAAUGGUGUUACUCGGCGGACCAGAUGAUGGCACUAUUAAACCAUGGCAAUCAAGUAUGUUCGGGUUUUACAACCGCAAUGAAAAUGUGAUGGAUAUGGAACAUCAGGAUUAUUAUAUUAGUGACUCCUUUGGCCUGAAAACACUGAACCGAAGAAAAGCCAUUGUAAAGUGUAUCAUCCCUGGUGUUCACCAUGAUGCCUGGACUACAGACUACAAAAUCUACAAGAAAUGCAUAGAAAAGUGGCUCACGUAAACCUACAGAAGAAAAAAAAAUUCCUUCGCAAGCAAAAGCACAAUCCUAAGUGCAAUCAUGUUCUGUGUAGACUAUGGUUCUCCUACUGGUCCAAGAUCUUUUCUGCAAUGUAAUCUUCAUUUACACCUGAUAAUAAAUUGAUUGUGAAAUGGA